AGUCUAGAGGCUUCUGGAAUAUAGCCUGGGUAAAACGAAGCUAACGUUGCGUCAAGGCUUAGCGUCGGCCUUUAAACUUUCCGUGUAUCAGAAAGGGAUACGAAAAACUAUCUUCUCUAGAGAACUGCUUGCGAGGACAACAUUAAGUGGUGGUUUAAAUAUCCUUAUGUAAACUAUUCAAACGAUCAUUCAGUUGUUGUGCCAAUGAUUACUUCUUGACCUUGAAAUGAGGAGGUUUGUUAGGUUUUCUCCAACAGCAGUGGAAUAUGGGUAGGAUGGAUCCAGAAAUGGACCAUAUGAGGAUGACCUGCAGGAGAGGAGGGGGCUCAGCCUCAUCAUGUGUUGAGUGCUGAAAACUUGCAAACGUUGCUCUCUAUCUCAAGAGUGGAAAAUAUUACGAACAACCUUUCGCACGAACAAGCAUUGAUUACCAAGUCUUUAUUUCAUGCAACUGGGAGACUUCCGAGGGUUAGAUAGCCUGACAGGCUCACCAUCAUGGCUCUUGAAGUAAUUGGUGGAAUAGCGAGCAUUCUUCAACUUGCCGGAACUGUCUACACGAUCUCAAAAACCCUCUACGAAGUGGGAGAAGCUCUAUCCAAUGCCCCUUCUGAUAUUAAGGAUCUAGCAAGGGAUCUUGAAACUUUUUCAGAUGAGCUUCAUCUGUUAUCUACAUUACUUCACGGUAAAGAUGGUCGCUAUGCAGAUCAGGUGUAUAGGCUUACAGCUAAAAUUAUUGGGGAUUGUGCGACGAUAUGCACGAAAAUCGAUCGAAUCAUUCGGAAAUUGAGAAGUGGCAGUGUUUUGGCCAAAAUUAAAUGGCUGUAUAAAGAGAAGGAAAUUAUGAAGUUGUUGGCGAGGCUUCGUGACUUAAAGUUGAGUCUGAUGGGUACAUUGAGUGUAUUGAGUGCACUAAGAGCCGAUAAUAUGAUGGACUCUUUGGGUAUAAAUAACCCCAGUUUGAUUGGAGGCCCGAAUAGACAUGGUCUAUCGACAGAGACACGCAUGCAAGUGGAGGACACGAGACUGAAACUGGCAGGCAUGUCGAUAAAGGAUACUACUGAAGCCUCUUCUGGGUCAAAACCUCCGUUACCAUCAAGCGCAUCUUUAAUUUCGGGGGGCUCAAGCUCUACUUUAAGGACAUCGGUUACAUCGGCAACCUAUGUUGGUCCCUUAGCAACUAGAAUACCCAGUACAACCGAUUUCUCUGCAUCUUCAUUCAUUUCAAUGGCGGUGGUGCCAAAUAGCAUGCCGCCAAUCCUAAACACACAAGCAAACCAGUCUGUAGAUUCCUUCCACAGCGCCUUAUCACAUCAAAAUCAAGAAUCGUUAGAUGGCCGAAUGAAACAAGUGGAGAGCUUCCCCAAGCCAGAAGAUUCUAACCAUGUACCUGUGAUGCCACAGUCUGUAAUGGUAUCCGAUAGACAUGACAAAGCUUCAUUUUCGGUAGAAGAGAGCCGUCAACUAGAUACUUCAGUAUCAAAAACUCUUAAGAGCUGGAGAAAUGAAAUGACUAUUUCAGCAAUGAGGCAUUUCAACAUGAAUGUCAAAGAUGCUGAGGAAUGGGUCAACAAUUUGCCAAUUCCGAGCAAUCUUUCGGCAAUCACGGAGCCUACCGUUCCAGUGGAAAUUUCGCCACACCUACUAGUCCAUAACAAGCAUCGGAAAAUGGAGAUGCCUCGGAAAAUAGCGAGAGACAGAUCAGUUGCGAGGAGCACCAGUAAGGGACGUAAAGGCCUUAGCUACAACUCUCCUCCUCAACGCUCUCCUAUGUUUGCCGAACACAUUUACAUGGAGGGCGAUAGAUCGGGGCCUUCACGGUUGAAAUUACCUCUUCACAUGAACACGGUAUUUUCUGAUCAAAUCACGCCUUUCACUCCACCUACUCCUUCCCUGAACCAGAAUUAUGAUUUACUUGAAUUUAACGAGCCUUCCCUGAACCAGGAUUUUGAUUUAUUUGAAUUCAACCCGCCUAGUUACUCGUAUAAGCCUGACAACGGACUCGAGACGCACUAUGCUCAAUCUGAACGCUUUAGUCAAUAUAACCCUAGUUAUACUACUCCAAUUGUUUUACCCCAUGUCAAUGAAAAGUCGACUGCAGAUCAAAUAAGGUCUUCGCAUGAAAUUUCACAACAUCAUCAGACGCCACAGUCACCUACUCAACAAGCUCAACCAAUCCAAAUGCAACAACAGCAACUACAAAAGCAUCAGCAGCAGCAUCAAAUGACUCCGUUGUCUCCCCCUCGACGUCUCGGAGUUGCUGAAAGAGUUACUGGGGUAGAUUUCGGACGCUGGCAUAAUGUUGAUGCCUGCCAAAGCAUGGAAAUCUCGGCUACCAUAUCAUCGGGACUCUAUGAGCUUGGAACUGAAGAUCUGUCACCCAAAAGAGAGUCUAAAGAGAUUCACUUGCAAAGCCAAGUAUCACAAGAAACCUGUAAAAGAGAUGGACAGCCUUCUUAUCCGUCUAAUAUAUCACCUUUUGGCAAGAGCGAACGUCGCGGACGUAUGGAAUUGCCUCCAGAUUAUCCCAAUGAUAUCUCGAGACAAGCUUUUAACUCACCAAAAAGUGAUAAAUCGAAUAAUAUCUCUGCUUUCCAUUUCCAUAAUGAAGUUUCUAACAAGGGCCCAGGCGGACUUUGGGUCAGAGGCUUCAUAAAUGUUAAGUCAUUCGAUGCUGUCAUAUGGAGUAAUUUAAAACAGUACUUGAAUCGAGAGCGCGUUUACACUACCUCAGAAGCAGGAUCUGUUCCGCUUGUUGCCAAUUUAGAUUGGUCUGCAAGUCUCUACAAAGAGAGGAUUGCUCAACUCCGUCAGAUGUUUCCGCGUGCUGCUAGCUCUAUCCAGAAAAUACUUGAUGUUCUAGCCGUGAUGGAAGAGACAAUCGGCCUUACAAUUGGAGCUAUUGCAUGGGCAUGUCUUCUGGGUGCCGUUGAGAACUGGCUUUCCCAUAGUACAAACUGGACAGUUGAUUACCAAAUCAGGAUUAUCACAGAAAUGAGCGAGAUUGUUAGCAUAAUCGCUCGAUAUACUGUCAUGGAGAAUAUAUAUGCUCAGUGGAAAGGAAUGACUCUUGAUAAAGACUACGAACAAUCUCUUAUCAAUCUAUCCACUCGAGUUUUGAUCUAUCUUGGAGCUUUCAUUCCGAGUUUCUCAGAGAGUAGCACGAAUGCCAAUAUGAAGCCCUAUUUUGAGGAAAUCAUCGAAGCCGACACGGCAUGUCGCGGGUUCACGGUUAUCGUGAGCUCCAAGAGUACUGCCAUCGAUCGGAAACGCUCAUUUGAGGAAUCCUCGGAUGAUUCGGACGACACUGUCGAUGCCGACGGGACCAUCUUGGAAGUCGAUGGUAAUGAUGAAGUGGAUGACAUGCCAUCAUCAGCAAAGCGCAUUAAGAUAUAGAAACAGGAAUUUGUUUGGAAUUGUAGAUUGAUCAUGAAAUAUAUACCCUUGUUUAUGUUGUCAUCAUAUUUCUUGCCUAUUUUUGUUGGUAAUCUGCGUUCAUUGAGGGUAUCUCAAAAUGGGAGUCCAUGAAACUUAUCAAGUGGAAGAGCUGGAUCUAGAAUCACUCGAGAAGAAGAGUAAAAUUAAAUCUUUUGUGGGCGAAACUCAUUCAUUAAUUCGGCUAAUAAGAGAAGAACCUCAGAUCGAGACAAGUGCGAUAUUACAGGUAUUCAGAACGAUUAUCAUUUUCUGCAUAGUAGAAUCUCGUAUAAAAUUCCCAAGUACAUAGUUGGCCAUUUCGAAUUGAUCCAAGCAAUGACAAAAAUGAACAAAACAUCGACUGUCUGAUCGAUACUU